UCGGUCGGCAAUCAGUCCGGAGCUGCAACCCCGCCGAGCUAGCUAUUUAUCCAGCUGCUGGAGUCUUGCUCGGACGAAGAUUGAACUCAAUCAGAAGGCAAUUGACAUCCCAUUUCGAGUAUCUGCAACGACUCUUUCAUCAUGUUGAUCCAAGAAUCCUACCACGAUGUGCCUACCACAGCGGACGGCAGUGGGACCAUGCGUAUUUACGUCUAUCAUCCCACCAUUCCAGGAUAUCCCAAAGCACGGUUCCCGGGCGUGGUAGUAUUCAGUGAGAUCUAUCAAGUUACCGGCCCCGUGGCGCGCUUCGCCCGUCAAAUCGCCGGUCAGGGCUAUAUUUGCACCGCCCCCUCUAGCUACCACGAAUUCACCGGUCCGGAAGCCCUUGAGUAUAAUGCCGAGGACACCGACAAGGGAAAUGAAUGGAAGAUCAGCAAGAAAAUCGCUGCCUACGACGAAGACGCCUCUCUCUGUGUGGACUACCUCCUGUCACUGCCCACCUGCAAUGGACGCGUGGGCGCAACGGGUAUGUGCCUGGGUGGCCAUCUGGCGUAUCGGUGUGCGCUGGAUAGCCGGGUGAAGGCGGCAGUGUGCUAUUUUGCAACCGACAUCCAUAGCCACACACUUGGGAAGGGCAAGAAUGAUGACAGUUUGGCCCGCGCCGGAGAUAUCAAGGGAGAGUUGACUAUGAUUUUCGGUAAAAACGACAAUCAUGUCCCUCCGGAGGGAAGGGAUCUGAUCCGCAAGACACUUCACGAGAAGGGGGUCUUGUUUAGCUUUUAUGAGGUGGCCUGGGCGCAGCAUGCUUUUAUCCGGGAUGAGCUCAGCAAGGGACGUUAUGACCCUGCUAUUACCAAGGUGUGCUUUGAGAUGUUGCUCGAGUUGUUUGGACGGACUCUCAAGCUGGAUUUGGGGGAGCAUGAUGGGAAGGAGCUGGAAAUUGAGGAUGUUUGCUAGUGGGCGCAGUUCUUCAAAACGAACCGUUGCGUUGGCGUCAAUUAUAUAAAAGCUCCAGCACCACGCCUCUUGCCGUAGUAUAAACAUCUAGCACCGCUGGGGUGAGUUGUCAUGCAGUGUACUGCUCAACCUACUUUCAAUCUCCUUGAGACGUAGAAAACCAUCUGUCUGUACUUC